AUGCUGUUGGCGAUUGACCACAGCCCCGCUGCGGUGGAAGCUACCCGCCUGACCCUCCAAGCUCAUCAGGUUUCGGAGGUGGAGGUGCUUGCGGUCAGCCUUCUAGGUCCUUUGUGGGACAGGUUACGCGGUAGCGUUGAUGUGAUGGUGUUCAACCCGCCCUAUGUGCCCACCCCGAACGAGGAGGUGGAGCAGGGCGGCAUAUCGUCCGCCUGGGCAGGGGGUCAUCGGGGCAGGAGGGUGAUCGACAGAGUGCUGCCGCUGGUGGGUGGGAAGCUGCCGGAGCUGUUAUCGCCCCGGGGGGAGCUGUUCAUGGUGACGGUCACGGAGAAUGACCCACAAGGCAUCAUUGAAGACAUGCGCCCUUCCGGAUUCCAAGGUCGCAUAGCUGCCAGUCGGCAGGCGGAUGAGGAGACGCUUCAAAUCGUACAUUUGUGGCGGCAGUAG